CUAUCUUUUCUUCUUUUUCAGGGUCAAAGUACAGACCGCAUGGAGUCUCAUGAAGAAGCUCCCAAUAUCCUCCAGCAGCCAUUAGCUCUGGGCUAUUUUGUGUCCACAGCUAAAGCAGGUCAACUGCCUGACUGGUUCUGGUCCGCGUGUCCUCAGGCACAGAACCAGUGUCCCCUUUUCUUAAAGGCCUCACUACACCUCCAUGUGUCUUCAGUGCAAUCGGAUGAACUUUUGCACAGCAAACACACUCACCCCCUGGACUCCAGUCAGACCUCUGAUGUUCUCAGAUUUGUGUUGGAGCAGUACAACGCCCUUUCCUGGCUGACCU